UCCAUCUUUUUCUCAUUCUGUGUGUGAGGUUUGUGUGACAGCUUUUCCUGCUUGUUGUGAACGGCUGAAAGGGAAAUAAAUCUCUUAUGCUUCUAAUUCAAAAGGAAGUCGCCAGCUCUUUCACUCCAGACACUUGUAAUGCAAAAUCAAACAGAGGCAUAUGCACGCACAGCUAAGCAGUCAUUGGAUGCGAUUUUGAAGACCAAAAGCUGAGUUUAUUCAUUGGCUGUAACCAGGCUGUAAACUCUGCUUGGAUUAGGCUGUGUAAUGUGUUGAUGCAAUCAGAUCUGGACUAAACUUACCAAGAAGUUUGAUUUCACGCGUGACACCCUAGAAAAACAGCUUUGACAUUUCUCUGUGACAGAGGAUCAAGAUAUUCAGGGGACACAGAGGGAUAACCAAACAGUGUGAGAGCCUUGAUCCAACCGAACUAAUAGUGCACCAUGAAGAGGAACUGAAGACUGACUUAUAUGUAGGUUUGGAAACGGAGGACAAAGCCAGGAUGAAUGUGAAAAGGAAGGAGAUGGAUUUCUUAAGCAACACUAUUGCUGCUUAUGCUCACAUUAAAGCCAACCCAGAGAGUUUUGGCCUUUUCUUCGUCAUUGGCGUGUGUUUUGGCCUGGUGCUCACUCUCUGCCUCCUGGUCAUUCGGAUCUCCUGUAAGCCUCGUACCACUACAGCACCCCCCCCUCCAGAGAAAAAACAGCUUAAAGACUAUAGUGAGGAAGAGGAGGAUGAGGAGAGCGAUGAUGAUGAGGUAGAUGCAGGAGACACCGAGUCCCCUGUCGUACACAGCACCACAGAGAUCCCCAUGGGGAACCACCACCACACCACACCAGAUGGGACUCUGAGCAGGAAUGUGUUCACCUCAGCCGAGGAGCUAGAGCGGGCACAGCGAUUGGAGGAGAGGGAGAGGAUCAUCAGGGAGAUCUGGAGAAACGGACAGCCAGACAUCCUGGGUACAGGGACGGGCACCAUUGGGCGAGUGCAUUACUAUUAAUGCAACCAGAGAUUUUUGGACAUAAACUCAAGCCAUUCCACUGGCUGAGUGCACUACUUUGAAAGACUUGAGAAGAUAUUGUUAAUAGAAGGAGCUUCCAUAUUUUUCUAAAUUGGACUGAUGUUAUUAUUAUUCUAAAGGCCAUAUGAAGUGUAGCUCUGUGUGCUACAUUUGUACUUGGCUGAUGUCAGUCCCUACAUAAUGGUACUUAUUGCAAAGUCAUUUUGAAGCACAAAUUGUCCGACAAGGACUAGACUUAGAUCUAACUUUGUCUAAUGCAGUAUUUGUGAAUAUUAGGUGAUAAUUAGAAGCUCACAAAAAGCAAAUGCACUUUUGCACCAUGCCAUUUAUUGUGUAAAGAUGUUUUCUUGUAUUUUUAUACUUGACUUUUUUUAAUGAACACAUUCCUAUAAAAUCUUCCCAUAUAUACAAUGCAUCACAUUAUCUAGUAACUCAUAGAUUUUAAAAGCCACAUGGCAAUAUGGCCCAAAAAAAUUCUAAAAAAAAAGUGUCAACAUGGGUUAAGCUCUCAAAGCCUUUAUUAAAAGUAACAUAUAACACGUAAUAUGCUUGAACACUCAAUUCUGCAGAUGCAUUUAUAUCCAUUCAAACUAAAUCCAGGGUUCAUUUGCCAAUCAACCAUUGCUAAAUCCAUUUAUAUUUCAAACUCUUGUUAUUAUUAAGUCCUGAAUAUUAGUAGGAACAAAUAUCAAGUAAUACAUUUAUGAACUUAAAGGGAUAUUUCACCCAAAAAUUUUAAUUCUCUCAUUAUUUACUCAACCUCAUUAUAUCCCAGGUGUGUAUGACUUUGUUUCUUCACCAGAACACAUUUGAAAAAAAAAAAAAAAAAGAGGAAAAAAGAAAAGUAAAAUAUCUUCACUCAGUAGAGCCAUAAAAUGCAAGUGAAUAGAGAUUUAUCUUUUGAAGCUUCAAAAAUCACAGACAGUAAGCAUAAACGUCAUCGAUACGACUCCAGUGGUUAAAUGAAUGUCUUCUAAAGCUACACAAUCGCAUUUGGUGCGAAAAAUAUAAAAAUUUAAGUACUUUUUAACUAUUAUCCAACGCUUCAGGAGAGGGCGGAUUCCAAGUGGUCUCUCGUGUGAAGUAUUCACUUUGCCAUGGAUACAAAUGUAAUCUCAUGUUCUCUUGGUUGUGACAUCUAGAAUGAGCACACAACUGGUGUUGUAUGGAUGACGUUUAUGCUGACUGACUGUGAUUUUUAAAGCUUAAAAAGAGAAAUCUCCAUUCACUUGCAUUUUAAAAGACCUAUUGAGCUAAGAUAUAUGUGUACUGGUGAAGAAAGUCAUACACACAUGGGAUAUCAUGAGGGUGAGAAAAUAAUGAGAACAUUUUCUUUUUUGGGUGAACUAUCCCUUUAAGGAUUAUUCACAUCAAUUUUCAAAUACAAUCCAGGGUUGUUUUGCCAAUCAGUCAUUUAUGAUCCGUGUGAAGUAAAAGAACAGAUUAUAUCAUUGGUAGAUAGCAUAACAGUGUCAGAUGGACCAAAUCCAAAUAAUUCUUUGUUGUCAUUUUGAGUUUAAUACUUGACUGAGUCUUUCAUUUGUCCUUCAACUGUGAAGAUGUUUUUCAGCAGUGGAUGAAGUUUGUCUGUAACAAUACUUAGUUUAAAAACUCGUGUUACUAUGACAGGCAUUGGUGCUUUCAUAUUUUUUGUUUGAUUUCCUGUUCAAAGAUUCUUGCUAUGAUAUGUACACUUUGAUUGAAAUAUUACUGAGAUUUACAGUCAUCCAAAAUGCUGAAAACCCAAACAAUUUUACUUAAGCCUACCAUUUCAAGACAUUUCUAAGUCUAGAAAUGUUUACACAGAUAAGAAAUGUACAUUUGAAGUACAUUUCAUUGUAACAAGUGAAGAUACUUUAAUCUUGAAAACGGCUAAUAAGUUGCAUAACAUAUACAAAACCAUGUGAAAUCAAUUAUUGAUUGGCGGUACUGUCAUCACUGUAGUGCUUUACAAAUCUUUCAAACAUACAGGAAUUCGAUUCUGUCGCUGUUCAAAAAAUAGUCCAUUCCCAUUGAUUUGUCAGAGGCUAUGAAGAUCUAAUGUAUUCUACAUGGUUUCCAGAUGCUGUUUUCUGGUUGAAGGGAAACUAAAUAUGCACCAGUCUCAUACCAUAUCUUCACACAGGGAAAAGCUGAGAUGAGCUGAGAUUAAACUUAGAUAGCAGGAAAGGCCUUUUCAUCUGUCAUUCACAAAGAAGCAAAAAAGUCUUUUUUGUAAAAAAUGUCCUGGGGCCACUCAAAUUGCCUUGUGUUGUUUCAUAAAUCAUAAUUUUGAUAAGGUCAUUGGGGUCAUGGAAAUACAUAUGAAUAUUUUUAAAGGCAGCUUGCAUUUAGAUUUACACUGGUUCUGUAUUUGUUCGCCAUUGAUAUGAUCCAACCACAAAAAUACAGCCAUUUUAUGUUAUAGUCAUCAUAAAGUUGAUGUAGCUGCAUUGAAAAAAAGAAAAUUAAUCAGCUUUGAUAUUAUAUGUUUAUGGCACUCAAUUAUGUUUGGGGCAAAGAUAUUUUAUGAUCAUAGGAUAUAAAAACAAAACAGCAACAUGUAAAUUAAUCAGGUGUUAAUACCGUAAAAUAAGAUCAAGUUUAAUCCUGAAUUACCAGGUAAAUAUAAUUAUUAUAUGGUUCUGUAUUUCCAUAUCUAUCUUUAGACACCGACUCCCUUAAAAUUCCAACUUUGUCUUUCUGUAUUCUUCACAUUCAAGUUGGCGAGGUGCAUCACUGAGGGUAGUGAAAUAUGCCUGGCCUUUAAUGGUCACUAUUUCUUCCUCAGAGCCUCCACUUCAUCCUGCGAACAUUAAAAUCACAUUACCCUUAGUUUAUUUUUAAAUAACUACAGUAUGUUAUUGAUUAAGUAGUGGGGUAGCUUUGACAACAGUAUGUGUUCUGUAUGUGUGUGUGUGUGUGUGUGUUUGAUUCUCAGCCAUACACUUGACUUAUAGUCACAUCCAUUACCACAUACUGAUAAGUUAGUAUUUUCAGCCGAACUGUUGGCCCAUUUGGCUUUCGCUUAGCUGCUGAAACUGCCAUCAUAUUUAAAAGUCAUAUCAUACAAUUUUUAUUUUUGUCAUUUUCAUCCAGAUUACUUGGCCAAUGUCUCUGUCAUCUCCUGGUUCCUUUGCUAUGGUAAUUUGUAUAGCUCUUUUAUAAUGAUUCACUGAUUAUUUUGUGAAUUGAUAUGGAACUGCAAUACGGUGCAAUACUUCACAGCCGUGGACUGCAUAAAGAAAAGUAUUCUGCAAUUUAAUGUGGCAACUUGGAUAUAAUGUUCAAAAAGCUAUACUGGAGAUGAUUAUUAACAGUGCCAUUAUAUACACUGUACACAAUAAAAUCAGUUUGUGGCACAAUCCUAUGAGGCAAAAUACUAUUUUAAAGCCAAUCGCUUAACAGAGGCAGAUAUACAGUAUAUUUGGCUAUUUCUAAGAGCUUGUUUAGGAAAAGUACAAGAAUCAUAUCUCUGCAGAGGUAGACAGCACUGUUAUGGAACAGUACAGACGUCUGGGUUCAAUCAGUUCAAACAGGUUUUACAUGUAACUCACUGCUGCCCCCUUGAGGAUAUGAGCCCAGUUGUUGUUAUGAGUAGUCAGUGCUGCUCUGAUUUUAGCAGAUAAAUAAUUCUCAAUAAUUCAGACUAUUUUUCUGCAUUAUUUUGUGUACAGGAAUAUUUAUGGAGUAAAAUAGCACGAAUAAGAUCUCAAAAACAAUGUCCUAUAACUAUAUAACUUUUUUCUUUCAGUUUUCUUUUGGUUUAGUUUAUUUUAUUAUCUUUUUUUACAGGCUUGCUGGAAAAAGCUCAGAUAAUCAAUAAAUAAAGUCUGUAUGGAU